GUGGCAGUCAGACACCUGGUGGAUGGAUUAACCGGAUGGUGGCUGCUGUUGCCCUGUGCCACAAGUAGCUUUCAGCACACACCUUGAAUUCUCUUGUCCAUGCUAGGCACAUGGAGCUGAAGGAGACCACCCGUGAUCACACAGGAGUGCGCAAUUUGGCCUUCCAGGAGGAUGAAUAUGUCAAUAUUGAGAGUGAUCUGCAUGAAAACAAACAUGACUCAGCAGCUGAGGAACAACCACACUUAAAAGGGCCUUUAGAAAAGAAAUACGAUAAAGCCUGUGAUUUUUGCAAGAAACAUAAAACCAGAAUUAACUACGUGAUCUAUGGAAUAUUAAUAACAGCUUACAUGGCAGUAGUUAUUGCAGCCUGCAGCUUGAAUUUUCAGAGGGCCUUUCCUCUCCUCAUCAUUACCGUCCUAGCUGUCUUCUUCAUCUGCUGGGAUUUUUUAGUAGCGAAGUAUGAAGACAGAAUUGCUGCAUUUCUUUCUCCUGGAGAAAGAUAUUUGGAGAAACAGUGGUUUUGGCUAAAAUGGGUGCUGUGUGCAGCUCUUAUCGUAACUAUCAUCCUCUGGCUUGUCUUUGACACAGCAAAGCAGGGAUCCCGCCAGAUGAUCUCUUUUGGUGGGCUUGUGAUGUAUGUUGUCUUGAUGUUUAUCUUCUCCAAAUACCCAGCCAGAGUUGCUUGGAGACCAGUAUUUUCAGGAAUAGCAAUGCAGUUUAUUCUUGGGAUUCUUAUUCUGAGGACCAAAGUGGGGUUUGAUGUAUUUAACUGGCUAGGAAUUCAGAUCCAGACUUUUUUGGAGUACUCUGACACAGGUGCUAAGUUUGUGUUUGGUGAAAAGUAUACAGAUCAUUUAUUUGCUUUUAAGGUCCUGCCAAUUGUGGUUUUCUUCAGCACAGUAAUGUCUAUGCUGUAUCACCUCGGAAUCAUGCAAUGGCUCGUUGGAAAGGUUGGCUGGAUAAUGCACAUUUUUAUGGGGACAACUCCUGUUGAGUCUUUUGUAGCUGCUGGUAACAUAUUUGUGGGACAGACAGAGUCUCCUCUCUUGGUAAGGCCCUACUUACCAUACAUCACCAAAUCUGAACUCCAUGCAGUCAUGACAGCAGGAUUCUCCACUAUUGCUGGAAGUGUCUUAGGCGCAUAUAUUUCUUUUGGGAUUUCUGCCUCUCACCUACUGACUGCUUCUGUCAUGUCAGCACCAGCAUCGUUAGCCACCUCCAAACUAUUCUGGCCAGAAACUGAAAAGCCUCAAGUAACUUUGAAGAGUGAUCUUAAUAUGGCAAAAAGUGAAUCAAAGAACCUGCUUGAGGCAGCCAGUCAAGGUGCAUCUAGCUCCAUUCUGCUGGUGGCAAACAUCGCUGUGAACCUGAUCUCCUUCCUUGCCCUGCUGGCUUUCAUUGACUCAGCUCUCUCUUGGGUGGGCAACCUGUUUGACUAUCCACAACUGAAUUUCGAGAACAUUUGUUCAUAUAUCUUCAUGCCAUUCUCCUUCAUGAUGGGAGUAGAUUGGGAAGACAGCUUUAUUGUUGGUGGACUCCUAGGUUACAAAACUUUCUUCAAUGAAUUUGUGGCAUACGAACGCCUCUCAAAACUGAUUAACAACCGAGAAAAGGGUGGGAGCAUGUACAUUAAUGGUGUGAAACAGUAUAUGACUGUCCACUCUGAAAUAAUUGCCACCUAUGCUCUUUGUGGAUUUGCCAACUUCGGCUCCCUGGGACUGGUAAUAGGAAGCCUGACAAGCCUUGCUCCCUCAAAAAGAAAGGAGAUAGCCGGUGGUGCUUUCAGGGCUAUGAUUGCUGGAACUGUUGCCUGUUUCAUGACAGCCUGUAUCGCAGGAAUGCUGACUGUCCCUGCUGUGGAUGUUCACUGCCACAUUUUAUUAUCAAAUGCUUUCAACUCCACAAGUUUCCCUGCCAACAGCACAGAAGUAGUCAAAUGCUGCCAGCAGCUCUUCACCAGUGCAAACAAUACUCAAGAGAGCUUCCUUGGAGGAACCUACAGCUUGAGUUCCUGGAAAGGAUGUUGCGAAAUACUGAAUCAACCUGCUUUUAAUUGCACUUGGAUUAAACCUUGACUUGGGAUGGGAUAAAUCAUAAUAAACAUAAAAUAUAACAACUUUGUUUCUUGACAGAAAGACAAUUAAAAACUUCUUUUUCCACAACAAGUACAAAGAAAAGCAACUGACCUUUGUUUCUUGUCUCUUGCAAUUCCCAUGACGUGUAUGGAAUUACUUCAAACUGAAACUGGGAUAAAAGCAAGAGACCUCUUGCUGCAGAUCUCUUCUCCUGUUAGAGAUCAGAAAAGACGGAGAAAAUUUCUGAGCCUGCAUCUUCUGCUUUCAUUUUCACCUUGAAACAGAUGAAUCCGUAGGAUAAAACCACUCUAGGCAAGAAGGAAAUCAGACUCAGGAUUUGACUUCCAAUUACAGAAAGUUAUGAAGUGGAAAUAAUAUUUAGAAUUGUCAUCCUACUAGAAUUUCUGCUGUUUUUGAUACCUAAGAAACGAUUUUACAGCACGAAGAUAAAUGACUGUUCUCAGAAAUCUCUGUAUAUUUCUUCUGGUAACUAUGGCUACAUGUGAACUGAGCCGCUAACAUGCAGUGAACCUCACCACCUUGGUCACCAAAGCACACAGAUCAGGGAUUGAAGCCUCCAUGUGCUCUAGUCCCCUUCUUUCCACACUCAGGCAGAGAGAAGAACUAAUGCAUACCCAGAGGGUAGGAGGUGUCCACUCCGUACCUGGAUUCAGGGUGUUGGUCCCUCUUGAGAGGUAACUCGUCAGAAUCAAAACGUCCAAAUUCCAAGGAAAGUUUCCCAUGUCAACUCGUCUCAGUCUUUGUUGCUAACAAUUCUGAAGGUUGAUCCUAGAGCCACUGCAGUAUUCCUACUGGGAACAACAGAGCUGUGCUGCUAACUGAACAUGCCUAAAAUCUGGUCAGAAUCUGACCCUGUGAAAGCAACAUUUGUGGAUCAUGAAUACCAGACCAUGAAUAGGAGGAUGUGCUAUCAAACAAAAUAAGUCUGUUGAGCAGUGUCUUAUUUUUUGUCAUCCAGUUACAUUAUCUACAACAGGGUGGAUGAUACAGGUUUGUUUCCAAAUCUCAGUAAGAUAGGUCCUGCAACAAAUUGCAUGAUAGAACAGCUGUUUUAAUAAUAUAGGGAAACAAACAAACAGGUAGAGUAAAUCAUACACUGAGAACCCUGGUUUCAUACAGCACUGGAUGGACCCAGAUGAGUUUUCCCAUAGCAGGCUGCAUGGAGAGAUUCACCUGGGGUCUUUAUGUAAGAUUUACUCAUUAUGUUCUUUAUUACUAUUAUAAUUAUUAUGAUAGAACAUAAGAUUUACUUGGUAUACCCCUUGGUUUUUUGUUGUUCUGUCUUCAAACAGCUGAACUACCCUCUUCGCUUCUCUCCAUGCAGAACACUGUGUUUUUGUGUGCAAAUAUCAUAAAAUAAAAUAAAAAAUAGCUAGAUGUAGGUAAAAAAAAAAAAAAAGGUUUUGAAUUUUCAUAAUAAAUUAAUCUGUUUUAGGGAUCCAUCUGAUGAAUGAAGUGUUAAUUGGUCCCACAUGAAGAAAUUCUAUUAAGAAGGAAAGUCUGUUAAUUUUUUAAGCUCUAAUCCUUUCAUGGACUUCAAAUCUGAAAAGUUUUAUGUAGAUUGUUUUGCAAAAUAUUGUGAUAUGUAUUGCUAUCCCAUAACAUUGUUAGUGACAAAGGCUUGAAAAAAAAAAAGCUAAGAACUGAAGUACAGGAAUGUCAGAAAGUCCUGACAUAGACUCCAGAGUAAAACUGGUAUAGAUUAAGACAAACCAAUCUAUUCUGAUAAAACAAUAACUACUUUCUCAUCCUUCCAUUAAUUAUUGCAGAGUCUGUUCUGGGAAAACCAGACUAAUAAACUUAGACAACUGCCAAUAUAGAUAUUUUCAGUGGGCAUUUGUUUGGAUUUAUCAUUAAAGAUGUUUGUUUCCUGUAAAAUGUGUUUUAUUAAUUUAAUGAUCCAAAAAUUAUAAAUGUGAAUGUUACUACUACUUCUAAAUUUUAAUACAGGUUUCAUAUUGUUAGAUGUUUUUCUUUGGCUUCGUUAGGAGACUGCACAACAACUUCAUUUUUCAAUGCUUUUAUAGAAAAUUUCCAGUCCUGAUUAUUGUAGAUUAUGCUCAAAUAUUUGAUAAAAGCUUGUUGUAAAGAAA